AAGGUAUUGAAUGCACGAGCACGCGUGCUACUGCAACCUUCACACGUCGUCAGGUAAUCAUGCACUUCACUGGCGGCCGUUCUUGGAUUUCCUUGUAAUCGACUUCCUCCUUCUCCUCCUCCUCCCCAAAUCCCCCACGCCAUUGAAAUGGUCGGCAAACGCUACAACCUCCGCACCGAUGGCGCCGCCGACCGCACGAGCAUCGACCGCCCCCUCCACGCCCACAACGCCGACGACCUCGAAAGUGGACAGACAAGCGGACGCUCAAAUGGCAACACAUCCAAACCCUCUCACCACCGCCCACCGCCCAGCAAACGCCCGGGUGUCUGGCGCUUCCGCGACGCAGCCCGCACCGUCCUCGAAGACCAGCGGCGCGAGGAGCUCAAGCAAGCCCUCCUAGCCGACGUACUUAAUAGCAAAGACCUCGAACUCUUCCGGAAAUCAGACGAUGAGUUGAAGGGAAUCAAGAAUAAAAAAGUGCGCGCUUUCUACGAGGAUCAGAAUGAGCGGCUGAACGAUUGGCGCGAGGUGGAUGCGCUGGUCAAAGCCGUGGCGGACGAUGUGUUGGAGUCCAUGGACCCGGAUCCAGAUAACGAUGGGAUUCGAGAGCGGGCGGGGGGCAUUCAGCUCGCGGCGGGGAAUAUUGGGGAGUUUUUGCCGGAGGAGGAGAAGGUGAAGAGGCGGAAAGCGCAGCGAAGAGCAACGUGGGCGAUUAACAUCAACGUGAUCGCGAAUGUCCUGCUGCUCGCGGGCAAGAUUGCCGCGGCCUUCUCCUCGGGCUCGCUGUCGCUCAUCGCAUCGCUUGUGGACUCCGCGCUCGACCUCCUGUGCACCCUCAUCAUCUGGAGCACCAACAAGCUCGUCUCGUGGCGCCUCCGCGCCUUACACCGCCGCUUCCCCAUCGGGCGCAAACGCCUGCAGCCCAUCGGCAUCCUCGUCUUCAGCAUCAUCAUGGUCAUCUCCUUCCUGCAAAUCCUGCAAGAAUCCGUCGAAAAACUGCUCCCGCUGAAGGGCACGGCGGAGCAACUCCCGCCCAUCGCCGUCGGCGCCCUGCUCGCCACCAUCCUCAUCAAAGGCAUCAUCUGGUUUGGGUGCAUACCGAUCAAAACCACGCAAGUGCAAGCUCUAGCCCAGGACUGCAAAACAGACGUCAUCUUCAACACCCUCUCCCUUUUAUUCCCCUUCAUGGGCGCCAAGGCGAACAUCUGGUGGCUCGACCCGCUCGGCGCCGGCCUGCUCUCCCUCUUCAUCAUCUACGACUGGACGACGACGUGCUUCGAAAACGUGACGCAGCUCUCGGGCCAGGCAGCGAGCGACGCAACCUACAAAAAACUCAUGUACCUCGCGUACCGCUUCGCGCCCGUCGUGCAGGGCUUCAAAAACGUCACGGCGUACCACGCGGGCGAGGGCGUGUGGGUGGAGUUUGAUGUGCUGCUGGACGAGCAGACGCGGCUGAACCGCUCGCAUGAUAUCGCCGAGACGCUGCAGUAUUGUGCGGAGGGGUUGGAUGAGGUGGAUCGCGCGUUUGUCACGACGGAUUAUAGCUCGAGUGGGCCGACGGGGCAUGCGUUGGAUGCAGAGAGGACGAGUCAUACGUGAGGCGUCGACAAGGCCUUAUCAAAAGUGGUUUUAUUGCAUAGCGUCAGGGGGAAAGCAUCGCGUUACGGGGCUCCGGAAAAAGGCAAAACAUGGAAAGGGAUAGAUGGGAAACAAGG